CCCGGCACUGUCCCAAGAUGGCGGCGCCGGCGGACGCGGAGCCGGCCAUGGAGCCGGCCAUGGAGCCGCCCGCAGCGCUGAGCCUGGAGCUGCUCCCCACCGACCCGCUGCUCCUCAUCCUCAGCUUCCUCGACUACCGGGAUCUGGUGAGUUGCUGCUAUUUAAAUCGAAGACUGAAUCAGCUGUCAAGCCAUGAUCCAUUGUGGAAAAGACACUGCAAGAAAUACUGGCUUAUGUCAGAAGAGGAGAAAAGCCGCCGGAAGGAGAGCUGGAAAUCCAUCUUCAUCAGCACCUACUCGGACCUGGGGAGGUACAUCCAGUACUAUGCCACCCUGAAGAAGGCGUGGGACGACCUGGAGCAGUACCUGGGGCAGCGCUGUCCCCGCAUGAUCGGCUCCCUGAAAGAGAGUGUGAGGGAGGAAGACCUGGAUGCUGUGGAAGCACAGAUACGCUGCAAGCUCCCGGAUGAUUAUCGGUGUUCCUUCCGCAUCCACAACGGGCAGAAGUUGGUUGUGCCUGGUCUGAUGGGAAGCAUGGCCCUGUCCAACCACUACCGCUCUGAGGACCUGCUGGACAUCGACACAGCAGCUGGGGGGUUCCAGCAGAGGCUGGGGCUGAAGCAGUGCCUGCCCCUCACCUUCUGCAUCCACACUGGCCUGAGCCAGUACAUGGCCCUGGAGAGUGUGGAGGGACGGAAUAAAUACGAGAUCUUCUACCAGUGUCCAGACCAAAUGGCUCGAAAUCCAUCUGCUAUUGUUAUGUUCAUUACAGGUACAUCCUACCUGGAAUGGUUUACAUCCUAUGUAAACAAAGUUGUAACUGGAGGUUAUCCCAUCAUCAGAGACCAGAUUUUCAGGUAUGUGCAUGAUAAAGACUGUGUUGCUACCACAGAAGAUAUUACUGUGUCUGUGUCCACCUCUUUUCUUCCUGAACUCAGUUCUGUGCAUCCACCACAUUAUUUCUUCACUUACAGAAUCAGGAUUGAAAUGUCCAAAGAUGCCCUUCCUGAGAAGGCCUGUCAGCUGGACAGCCGCUACUGGAGAAUAACCAAUGCCAAAGGGGACGUGGACGAAGUCCAAGGUCCUGGAGUGGUUGGGGAGUUUCCAAUUAUCAGUCCAGGGAGAGUCUAUGAAUACACCAGCUGUACCACGUUUUCCACAACAUCUGGGUACAUGGAGGGCUAUUACACCUUCCAUUGCCUCUACUACAAGGACAGAUUCUUUAAUGUCACGAUUCCCAGAUUCCAUAUGGUGUGUCCAACAUUCAAGGUGUCUACAGCAUGAAUGGAAACAAAUCCUAAUGAGCCUGCAGUGGAUGAAGAUGAAGAUUCCACAGCCACUGAUGACUCUGAAGAUCGACCCAGGGUGCUGGACAUUCCUGAGCCCUCUGGGCACUGCCCACAUCGUACCUGAUGGGAUUUUUCCCAAACAAACUGUUUCUGGAAUGCUUCUGGAGCUGAAGUCUUUGGGGCUAGUGCAUAAGAAUAUUUCUGACUCUUGUAAAUGAACUCUCUGUUGCACAUCAGGACAACUAGCAUGAAUGUUGGUGCCAGUUCCAAGAUCCAUUAGAGUAUAGCUUCUUUUUCCCUGGUUUGGAAACGGGAGUGGAGGGAGGGGACAAAGGGAGGGAAAGGAAGAGGAAGGUGUUUGGGCUUUGUCCACUUUCUUCUGAAGUGUGAAACAGCUUGAUAGUCCAAGGUAAUCAUAUCUUACAUUUUUAAACUAUUGCCUAUUUAUGAUCAUACUGCAAAUAGGGUAUGGGGGGUUUGUUUUUGUACAAGCAUUUAAAAAUCAGCAAUAGACAAGAUGGCAAAAAAGCUGUAUCUUAUUGUCCUUUCUCUUGAGUGUCUGCUCUGAAUAACUAAGAAUGAAACUUGAAGUUUGGUCUGUAUAUCCCAUUCGGGUGAGUUUAGGUGCUCUUAUGCUAUUUUUUUUUUUUAAUCAACAUAGGAAUAGCAGAAAAUUCUGGUGCAUAAAUUAGGAGUGAAACUGGCCUUAUUUUUAGACAAUCUGUUGUCAGCUUAAUUUUAUGCUAAGUGACUCUGGUUGGAUAAUGCCUCUGGGAAUGUAGUGACCAUGCAUAAAUCUGUUACUUGUUAACCAAGAAACUUCGCAAUGACUACAAAGGAUGGAUUUGUAAAUACAUUUUGAGUUUUUUUUUCUUUAUAAAAUGUUUGCUGUUGUUGUAGAUGACCAAUUUAUGUUAAGUAUAUUUCCCUAAAUCCUCUGGAUUUUUGUAACUACAAAAUAAAAAGAAAAAAGAAAAAAAGAAAAGAAAGAGGGGAGCCUGACAGAACACUAGACUAGAAACUUUAUAUUUAAAGAAGUAUCUGUUUGCUUUAUCAAUUUAACUUUAUUUCUGUUGUCGUUAAUAAACAAUUUAACUGCCUCCUUCACUCUCAA